AUGGCGGAGGGCAAUGGAGAAAUACCCAUUGAAGAGGUACCUGGGAAGGACUCCGAUGUUGGCCGGACACCGGAUUACCGCAAACUCAUUGACUAUGGCUUGGAUCCUAAGGUAGCAGCCAAGCUCGACGACAUUUAUAAGACUGGAAAGCUAGCGCACGCCGAACUGGAUGAACGUGCGUUAGAUGCCUUAAAAGAAUUUCCAUCCGACGGUGCUUUAAGUGUUCUUGGACAAUUUUUAGAUUCAAAUCUCGAGCAUGUAUCUAAUAAAAGUGCUUAUUUAUGUGGAGUCAUGAAGACCUAUAGACAGAAAAGCAGAGCGGGUGUCCAAGGAGCGCCCGCGUUGGCUUCAACUGUCCCCGUGAAGGGCCCCGACGAAGAGAAGAUCAAACAAAUAUUAGCCCGGACCGGGUACACGUUAGAUGUUACCACAGGUCAACGCAAGUACGGUGGGCCGCCGCCCGGGUGGGAGGGCGGUACGCCGGGCGCCGGCUGCGAGGUGUUCUGCGGGAAGAUCCCGAAGGACAUGUACGAGGACGAGCUCAUCCCGCUGUUCGAGCGCUGCGGCACCAUCUGGGACCUGCGCCUCAUGAUGGACCCCAUGACGGGCACCAACCGCGGCUACGCCUUCGUGACGUUCACGACGCGUGAAGCCACGCAGCGCGCCGUGCAGGAGCUCGAUAAUCACGAAAUAAAACCUGGGAAGACUCUGAGAAUUAAGAUUAGCGUACCGAAUCUGCGACUUUUCGUCGGCAACAUUCCCAAGUCUAAAGGCAAAGAGGAGAUACUGGAAGAGUUUGGUAAAUUAACAGCUGGGCUCGUCGAAGUUAUAAUAUAUAGUUCGCCCGAUGACAAGAAGAAAAAUAGAGGAUUUUGUUUUUUGGAAUACGAGUCUCACAAAGCGGCGUCACUAGCUAAACGUAGACUUGGCACUGGUAGAAUAAAGGUAUGGGGCUGUGAUAUAAUAGUGGAUUGGGCGGACCCACAAGAGGAACCUGACGAGCAAACAAUGAGCAAAGUGAAGGUGUUGUACGCGCGCAACCUGACGCAAGAGAUAACUGAAGACGCGCUGAAGGAAGAGUUCGAGCGCUACGGCACUGUGGAACGCGUCAAGAAGAUUAAGGAUUACGCGUUCGUGCAUUUUGAGGACCGGGACUGUGCAGUAAAGGCGAUGCAAGAGCUAGACGGUAAAGAAAUGGGUGGUGCGCGACUGGAAGUGUCGCUAGCCAAGCCCCCGUCCGACAAGAAGAAGAAAGAAGAAAUACUGCGCGCUCGCGAACGACGUAUGAUGCAGAUGAUCCAUGGCCGCGGCGGAUUCGAUUGGUGCAGCUGCUCGCCGGUACUGCGCGGCCGCACCCCGCAGCCGCAGCCGCGCCCGCCCCAGGCGCGCGGCGACUACGAUUAUGAUUACGACUAUUACGGGUACGGUGAUUACCGAGGUGGCUACAAUGAGCCAUUUUACCGGUACGAUGAGUUCUAUUUUGAUUACGCGGGGCCACCGCAACCGUCCGCCGUCCGCCAGCCUCCCAACAGACCGCAACCGGACGACGAGCUCGGUCUCGGGCCCAACUCGCUUUACUACGAUCUAACCGGAGGCAUUCAGGCUGGGUCAUGUGGGACGGGCGGGCGAUGGGCGCGGCGCGCGGCGGCGCCGGCCCCCGCGGCUGGGGCCCGUGGUGGUGCGCGCCGCGUCGCGCGUGGCCGCCGCACGCCCAGCGCCAUGCGUGGCAAUCCCCGCGCCAAGCCAAGUUUACCAGGUAAACGUAAACACGACGGGGGCCACCAGAACGUCGGGGGGGAGUGCAAGCGGCGGGUGGGCGCGGGCGGGUGCGGCGCGGGCGCGGGCUGGGGCGGCGGCGCGCUGGCGCAGCAGCCGCUGGCCAGCUAG